AUGUCAUCGUCGCCACCCACCCCGGAAGACACGUCCAUCUGUUCUAUCAAGGCUUCGCGGCUGAAAAUAGCAGGAUUUCGUGACGCCAAUGUCCAGGCCUACUGUGACUGUCGCCAGUCACAGGUUGCGAAUGAGUCGUGGAAGAAUGAAUUUCGCAAAGCAUGUGAUGUGGCUCUGGGUGAUGGGUUAGACUUGGACCAAAUUGAUGAGUUAAGCGAUCCCGUAUACUUCAACAGUCGGGGAGUCAAAUGGGGUAUUGCUCGUCGAUUCGUGAAGGACAUUAAAUACUGA